AAAUUCUGCUGCAUCGAAGCCGGGAAGUUGGGCUUUGCUAAAAUGUUGGUGCAGAUUUUGAUGACAUUUUUGCUGUCGAAGGGCAGUGUGGGAAUAGUCUACGAUUCCUAUACUGCGGAACCGGCUAGCGAGGAACUUGUGGAGCAUUAUAGAAGCCAGAAUCUCCUCCAAAACUGUACUAUCAACCUUGAAUUACCCUGUAAUGAAGAGGAAGGGAGGCGUUUGGACGGAUCCUGCAGUGACGUCGAUGACCCAGUCACUGGGACCUUCCACACUCCCCUGAAUCGUUUACUACCACCUGUUUAUAGUUAUGAGGAUGAACCGAGGAACUCCGUGUCAGGAGAUCCCCUGCCUCUUGAGAGACGCGUGCGCAAACGCGUCCUGCUGGAAGGAAAAGCAUCAGAUUCUGAGUUCACGCAACUCCUCCACUACGUGUCUGCUAUUACCUUCGCUGACACAGGAUCAGUCCACGACACAAUUAACUAUUUGAUGCAAACCCAGUACUGUUGCGAGGAGGAAGGCAAGAAAGACCAUAUGUGCACGCCCAUUGUAGUUCCUAUAGACGAUGACACUCACAGAUUCUCUGGCAUAAAAUGCCUUAACCUGACCAGGCCUAGAACAUUCCAGAACAUGGGAUGCGCUGCAGCGAGUACCGGACACGAUAGAUUCACAGUAAACACGCCUCUUUACGAGAACUCUUUCAUCUAUAGAAGUGUAGAGCCCAUGCCUGAAUACAGAGCAUAUAAGGACGGUAUGCUUAUCUACGAAGAGGAAGAUGGCUCUAUGUGGCCCACAUCCCAAGGGCCAAACAACGUUACGUCAUGUUACGCAAACGUGGCAGCAAAUGGAGAGAAAAGAUGUUUCGGACCUGUCCAAGGAUCAAUUCUCCCAGUGAGCAUGUCCAACGUGUGGUUCUACCGAUUACACAACAUCGUGGCUGCCGAACUAGCCGAGAUCAACCCUCACUGGAGCGACGACAAGAUUUUCUACGUCGCUAGAGACAUCUGCAUCGCCAUCAACAACCAAAUGCAGUACUAUGAACUGAUGCCUAUUUUGCUUGGGAAAGAUUUGAUAACGAGACAUGCACUUAAUUCAAUAUCGAAGGGCUUCAGAGAUCCUUACAACAAGAAAGUUAAGCCUCGAGCCUCUUUUGAGUUCAUGUACGCCAUGAGAUGGUUCCACAUUGUACAGGAAGGUAUUGUAAAACUUUUCGACGAACAUAAUCACUACUUGAAAGAAGACCGUGCAGUGAACCUCACUCUAAGGGUUGGAUACUUUUCGAUUGACGAUAACUUCGCUAAGCUAACGAGAGGAUCAUUCCUUCAAGCUGCUGGAGGUCGCGACCGUGCUGUAGAUCCUGACAUAUCUGAACUUGGUCUGGGAGGUAUGCAGCACUCAACUGAUCUUACAACAGCUGACUUGCGCAAAGGAAGAUUGUUUGGCGUACAACCGUACGUCGAUUACUUGGAAUUCUGCGGCUCCAGAAAGCCAAAAACUUGGAAGGAUUUAGCUAAACACGUCGGCUGGGAGAUUGUUGAACAAAUCCGAGAAUUGUACGACGAUGUAAAUGACGUGGACCUUCUAGUUGGUUUGUGGGGAGAAGGAAGACCGAAAGACGGCUACGUGCCACCAACUCUUGGCUGCAUCCUGGCUAAUCAGAUGGAAACUGCGAUGGUAGCCGACAAACAUUGGUACGAACGACCUAACAGGCCUUACGCUUUCACUAGGGCUCAACUGAAAGAAAUCAGAAAAGCAAGUUUCGCAGCGUUCCUCUGCACAGUAGAACCUAAACUGAAAACUAUUACGCCUCAACCUCUGAGGAGAGUCAGCGCUAUGAACCCUCUAGUCAACUGUGAAGAUAUUGAAAAAUGGGACCUCAACGCAUGGAGAGACGAUAAUGUUGGUUACAGAAGAAAUCAUAGACAAUUUUCGCAUUGAGUAAUAUGAGCUUCAGAUUUUUCCCCGAAGAGCUAGGCAGAGCAGCAUGAACGCUCACGUAUCAAUAAAUAAUAGCAUUUUAUUUCAACCAUGUUAACUCCAUACUUGCUUAAUUAUAUAAACAUAGAUACCAAAUACAAAUAAGAUAAUCGAUCAUUGCCUUCUUUAAUAAAAACUUUCACACAUAAUAAAA